CAGCGCUACCAACAUCAAGUGGUCGUAGUAGCGUCGUUUUGCUAAUUUUCCACAAUUACACAGUUUUUCAUGUAGUUUUCAUACUUCCGCGUUAAUACAGUGAAAGGUUUUAGUUCUAAACUUGUCCCGACUUUACAGGAAUCAAGAAUAGUCAGAAAUGGCAAAAAUAGGUUCUGAUACGGAAAAGGACGACAAGGAUAAGAAGAAAGAACGUGGUAGGGACCGUAAACGGAAGAGUGAGUCUGGUUCAAGCAGCAGCGAUAGCAGCAGAAGUUCUUCCGACAGUAGCUCGUCCAGCUCGCGCUCUUCGAGCAGUUCCAGUUCGGGCAGCAGUUCCCGCUCGAGCAGUUCCUCCUCGGAGUCCUCAAGCUCAAGCAGCGAUAAAGACCGCAGUCGCCCCAAACGCCGUUCGCGCUCCACCAGCAAACCCACCCGACGCAGCAAAGAGCGCAAAGACAAAGACAAGGAAAAGGAGAAGGAAAAAGAUGUCAAAAAGGACGAUAAAGACGAGGUCAAAGACAAAGACGUCAACAAUCGCAAAUCCCCAGCGAAAGACGACAAAAACCACACCCGUGGCAAGUCUCGUUCGCGCUCGCGCUCAGACCGGCGCAAAAGGCGUCGCAGGUCCCCCACGCCACGCCCCACGAAAAUCCACAUUGGGCGUUUAACACGCACCAUCAACAGGGAGCACAUUAUGGAGAUUUUCGGGACGUAUGGACCAAUCAAACAUGUGGAUUUCCCCAAAGACCACAUCCACCCACACUUGGGGCGGGGCUUCUGCUACGUGGAGUUCACCAAUGCGGACGAUGCCGAAAACGCGAUGAAACACAUGGAUGGGGGGCAAAUUGAUGGACAGGAGAUCACGGCGGCUCCGGUGCUUGUACCCAAGCCGAGACCGCCCCCCAUGAGGCGCAGCCCCAUGCCGAUGCAUAUGAGGAGGCCUCCGCCCCACAGACGCACCCCGCCCAGAUUCCGGAGGCGGAGCCCCAUGCGACCGAUGAGGAGGAGCCCGCCGAGGAGGCGCCCCCAUUCCAGGAGCCCCCCGCCCAGGCGCAGGAAGCACAGCCGCUCCAGUUCGAGCAGUUCCAGAUGAUUUUUUCGAUUUUAAUUUUUUAAGGUAUUGUAAUGCGUGAAAAGGAAUAAAACCGGAAUUAAGGUAUUGAUAAUCAAA